AUCGGUGAAAGAGAAAAAAGAAAGCAGCGUUAGCGAGAAAGCAGAGGUGAGUUAAGUGCGGGACAAAAAAAAAGCGUAGUGCGUCAAAGAAAACCCAAGCGAAAACCCACGGAUUAAGCGGUCCGCUGCGAAUUAAGACCAUCUAACGGUGAACCUUUCGGUCACUAGUCCAAAUUAAGCCUCCUGCCCACCCCCCUCCCAGCAUUCUGUUCAGCGAGCGCGACGCCCCCACAAAACAAAAGCUUCUUCAUGAUGUCGUCGGAUCAACAGUUCUUUCUAAAAUGGAACGAUUUUCAAACGAAUAUGGUGACCUCGUUCCGUCACCUGCGCGACGAGAAGAGCUUCACAGAUGUAACACUCGCCUGCGAGGGCCAAACCUGCAAAGCCCACAAAAUGGUGCUUUCCGCUUGCAGUCCCUACUUUAAAGCGCUACUGGAGGAGAACCCAUCGAAGCAUCCGAUCAUUAUCCUGAAAGAUGUCUCCUACAUUCACCUACAGGCUAUACUGGAGUUCAUGUACGCCGGUGAGGUGAACGUGUCCCAGGAACAAUUGCCAGCAUUUCUUAAGACCGCCGAUCGCCUCAAAGUGAAAGGCCUCGCAGAGACACCCAGUUCGAUAAAGCGGGAAGGUUGAUGGUAUUAAACAAUAAUCGAAACAAAAAAUACAUAAUAAAUAACAACAACCAACUAUAAGAAACUUAUAUGUACGCAAGAAAACAAAAUUCCAACCAGCGGCAAAAGAAACAACAUUACGAGAACGACAUUUGGUAUACAAAUUCAUAUAAGAGUGCACGAGGAGGAUGAAGAACGCCAACAAAUGACCACACAAAGCUAAAGCUGGACAGAUUGAAAUGAUUAGCCUGUAAAGUAGAGGUGGAGGCCAAAUCCGCCCGCCCACUCCCACACCCGCUCAUUCACAUCUGAUCAACCAAAUUGCAAAAAAAAAAAAAACAACACUUACCGACAACCCCACAGAACUCGAUUUGAAUUCUUUUUGUUUAAUUUCUGCAUAAAAUAGUUUGUAAUAUAUUAUUAACAAUACAAACCACUCUGUAUAAAUAAAACGAUAUGGACAGCAGCCCCUAAAGCAAAACAAAACAUAACGAAACGAAACAAAACAAAAAACGCACUUUUGUAAAGUAAUUAAAGAAGAUCCAUUUAAAAUAUAUAAAGAUAAUUAUAAAUAUAGUGUGAAAUGUGCAAGUAGAUGGAAAAAGCCACGACGGGCGCGAAUAUUACAACACAUUCGGUUAGUUUUUAAGCCACUAACUACAACCCCAGACAUGCCACGCCUCCAGACAGACAAACUCAUUUUCAUCUAUAUUUAAACAAUAAAAUAGAAACAAAUGCAAAAUUGUACUUCAAUUAAUUGUGUGUGGACAAGCGCGUUUUUCCCCAACUUCUGAUCAUACGCGAGAUACAUACAUAUAUUGUAUUAAUAACAAAACGAAGAAAAGGUGUUUCAGUGCGAAGCUAGCAGUUCUACACAGUUUAAACAAAAGAGUAAGGAAAUACGUUAGAAUGAAAAAUACAACUUGAGUAAAAACUAUACUUGAAUAUUAUUACAUAAAGUAAAAUAUUUAUAUGUAUGUAUAUGUAUACAUGUGAGCAUAGAUUUAAAGAAACUACGGUAAAUAAACAGAAUAAUUAAAACAAAAAAAAAAAAAAAACAAAUGCAAAUCAUCCU